UUGGUUGCAGAUGGUCCCUCCUCCGGGGGAAAGCAAUGGUGGGGUGCCCUGGGGAGGCUGGAGAGGGGCUGACACUGACAGGGGGGCGAUGAGGGAAGCCCCCAGGAGCCCUGCUAGGAAAUGAGGCCACGCUGCCGGCUGCAUGUCAUCUCUGCAUGCUCCCGCCAGCUCUUGGCUGCUCCCGCCAUCCUUCCCUCCCGCCCUGCGCCUGUCACUUCUCACUGUUGUCGUGCUUUCCCAGAUCAGGGUCCCUUCUCCCUGGCACUGCCUGGCUGGGAAAAGAGCCUGAUUCAUCCCAGCCACACUCCAGCAGAUGCCAGAGGGAGCAGCCUCAUCCCAUUGCCCUGGACCAGUGGAAGGAGGGCGACGCUGCUCUGGACUUGUCACCUUGUGCCCUGGUGGCGAGAGGCUCCUGGCAAGGCAGAUCAGCCAUCCCAGCCAUGCCCCACUUCUUGGAUUGGUUUGUGCCGGUGUAUCUGAUGAUCUCCAUUCUCAUCCUGGUGGGCUUUGGAGCUUGCAUUUACUACUUCGAGCCAGGACUCCAGGAAGCCCAUAAGUGGCGAACACAGAGGCCAAUUGUGGAAAGAGAUCUUCGGAAGACACUGAUGAUUCGGGACAACCUGGCAUUCGGGGUGCCAGAGGUCUGAUACGCUACCUGUGGAGUCCAGAAGAGUCAAUCCUGGGUGAGCAGCAGUCCACAAGCCUUAGUCAGGAUGACAGUCCUUCCCUAUCACUUCUCUCUUCGCUGAUCCGGACCUCGUACUCACCACUCACCUUUCUGCUCUUUUGCUUGUUAUGCAAGGUUUGUGUGGCACUGUAGACUUGGGGCUUCCCACAUGCUCACAGCCCUUUACCUAACCAAGGACUUCUGCUCCUCCCUAUGGCCAAGACUGAUGAAUCACUCAAAUGAAAGGCCCCUUGUUAACCACUUGAGUUUGAGCUGCUUGGCAUCUUGAUGUGACCCUCAGAAAGAAAGAUCUCUACAGGGGUACCAGGCUUGUAGAGGGAUACAGAGUCUUUUACUCCUAGUCACAGUCUAACCCAGUCUGUUUAAUUUCAGAGGAUAUCUGGGGGGAGAUAAAUGGGAUUUCAAUACAGAGCAUUGCUUCAGCUGAGCUCUUCACAGAACCCACCCUUGGCACUGGGCUGGUAAGCUUGUUGAAGUUCUGUGCAGAGGGGUCAAGGGAUCAGAAAGCCCCAGAAACAGAAUGCCUUUAUCCUUGCUAAAGGUACACCACUUCUAUA